UGCUAUGUUUUGGGACAGGCUAAUCUGCUAGCGAGCAGUGUGAGGAUCGGAGCGUAUUGUGUGAGCCAGUGUGCGGGGGACAGAUAAGGGAGCCAGCCAGCCCGCCAGCUCGACCCACCGACCGCCUGUUUUAAUGUGCUGACUCUUGGGAGAUUCCAAAAAAAAAAAAAAAAGAAACAGAACAGCAGCAUAUUGACUCCUUAGACGUGUGCGGAGACCCUGGGCACAAACUCCACUACUACAGCCACAGCCUGCAGAGGUGCAUCCACAGACAGGGGAGAGAGAGAGGUAGAGAGAGAGAGAGAGAGAGAAAAAACAAGAAAAAAAUAAGAGGACUGAAAAAUCACAACUCCAAAAUCUGAAUAUUCAAGAGGGUCUUUUUUAUCCCCCUCUUUUUUUUCCCCAAUUGAUUUCAUUUUUCCUUUCUUUCUUUUUUUGGUCGUUCCCGGGACUGACUCCCAGCCGUACACACAGCGACAAGAAAACAGGGGGAACAAAGAACUGAAGAGAACCUGAAAACAAAAAAAGGACAGAACGGCAAAACAAGCACUGAAGCUGAACAUGUUCGAAAUAAGCAGAUCACUGAACGCCGCUUUGCUGAGCAAUGAGGGGUCGACAGAGACACAGUGGCGUCAGGCAGAGCUCCCACAGCUCCAGGGCUGGGCAGAGAAGGGAUUGCUGACACAGCCAAAGAUGAUCAUCAGUAACAUGGAGGCUGCAGUGACAAACGGCCCCAGCGGAGGAGGCAACACGGCCAACGGGCCGACCACCAACAGCCGUGGCUGCCCCUCGCCCAUGCAGACCGGCCCCACAAACGACGACAGCAAGACCAACCUCAUCGUCAACUACCUGCCCCAGAACAUGACCCAGGAGGAGUUCCGCAGCCUGUUCGGCAGCAUCGGCGAGAUCGAGUCCUGCAAGCUGGUUCGCGACAAAAUCACAGGACAGAGUCUGGGCUACGGCUUCGUCAACUACAUUGAUCCAAAGGAUGCAGAGAAAGCCAUCAACACGUUAAAUGGACUCAGACUUCAGACCAAAACGAUCAAGGUGUCAUAUGCGCGACCCAGCUCAGCCUCCAUCCGAGAUGCCAACCUGUAUGUGAGCGGCCUGCCCAAGACAAUGACCCAGAAGGAGCUGGAGCAGCUCUUCUCCCAGUACGGACGCAUCAUCACCUCCCGCAUCCUCGUCGACCAGGUCACAGGCGGCUCCCGAGGUGUUGGCUUUAUCCGCUUUGAUAAGAGGAUAGAGGCUGAGGAGGCCAUCAAGGGCCUGAACGGACAGAAGCCAUCGGGUGCUGCCGAGCCAAUCACAGUCAAGUUCGCCAACAACCCCAGCCAGAAGACCAGUCAAGCCCUGCUCUCACAACUCUACCAGUCCCCCAAUCGCCGAUACCCAGGGCCCCUCCACCACCAGGCUCAGAGGUUCAGGCUGGACAAUUUGCUUAAUAUGGCCUAUGGCGUAAAGAGGUUCUCUCCCAUCACCAUUGACAGCAUGACCAGCCUGGUGGGCAUGAAUAUCCCCGGGCAUACCGGCACCGGUUGGUGCAUCUUUGUGUACAACCUGUCCCCGGAUUCUGACGAGAGCGUGCUUUGGCAGCUGUUCGGGCCGUUUGGCGCCGUCAACAAUGUCAAGGUGAUCCGUGACUUCAACACCAACAAGUGCAAAGGCUUUGGCUUUGUCACCAUGACGAAUUACGACGAGGCGGCCAUGGCCAUCGCCAGUCUCAACGGCUACAGGUUGGGCGACCGUGUCUUGCAAGUCUCCUUCAAGACUAACAAGACACACAAGUCCUGAACUUUGACACGUAGAAGCAGUUGCCCCGCGACUCUGUCUGCUCCCAAAUUGCCCCCCCACCUCCCCCCUCACAUCCCCCCUUCCCUAAGCCCCUUCAGUCACGACCACUACCACCCUACAACAGCCAUCCAACAGAGCAAACUCAAACUCCAACCGGAACACAAAGCAACCAACAAACCAUCAAACAAAUUGAACUAGAAAUGGCUUAUAUUAUAACUUUGGACCUAUAAGCCAAUGUUGCCUAAGUAUUACAAAAAUGAAAUGAUGAAAAUGUUCAUACGUUCUUGGAAGCUCCUGUGAUAAUGCAGGCUUCUCUUUGUUGUAUAUUCUUUCUGUUUGUUGUGGUUGUUAAAUGAUUUUUCUCUUCUGUGUAAACAGUAGCAAAUCCCUGUAUCCCCUUAUUUCAGAGAAGAGAACGUCCUUUUUAGAUUGAAACCUUUUCUCUGUCUUGAUUCAGGAUUUGUUUUCUUUUUGUAAAUCCGGAUCCACUGUCGUUAGUAUUAUAUGCCUCCCUGUCAGUGAAAGGGAGGGGGCUCUUUUUUAAAUUGGUGAACCAUUCAUUCAUUUUUAGUGUGUAUUAAAAACUUCCCCUUAUCGAUUCUAGACGGGACGCCACAGUCCCCGUAACUCUUAUGUAGAAAAAAAAAGAAUUUCUAACAUUGUUUUUGUUUUGUAUCGCAAACAAAACAUAACGUCUUUCCUCACGGGGGUUCAGGUAGAUUGGGUGAGGGAGGGGAUGGGUUAGCUUUCCUGAUGACACGUUCAGUAAUUUAAGAAAAAAAAUAACACUGUUGCCAAAGAGAAGAUCUCUUUGCUUGAAAAAAAUGCGUUUAGAAAAAGAUAAAAAUAAAGAGAAAGAAGAUCUAUUUUUAUAAAUGAUAAUUAAAAUAAUAAUUAUUGAAGAAUUUUUACAAGAAUCUGGAUUUGAAAAAAGAGAAAAAUA